UGAUCUGCACCAUAACGAGAUAGAGGAACUGAAGGAGAACACCUUUACUGGUCUGAUGUCGCUGCGCUCGCUAGAUCUGUCCUUCAACCAGCUGAUCUCUGUGAAGCCCAACUCUUUCUCUCUCCUGCCGGCUCUUUACAAACUAGACCUGUCGUCCAAUCAGCUGUCCUCUCUGCCUCUGACCGGCCUGCAGAGUUUAACUCACAUCCGAUUGGCCGGAAACGAUCAGCUGAUGGAUUUGAUUCGUCGGGACGACCUGCCGCGGGUCAGGGUGAUGGAGCUUCCUUAUGCCUUCCAGUGCUGUGCCUUCAUCUCCUGUGAGAGGAGAGGAGGAGGAGGAGGAGGA